AUGCCGCGCAGAGGAAGCCCCUCCCCGCGCGACUACUACCGCGACUACAACAGGUCCGGGUCGCGCACCCCGCGACGCGGGCCGGGCAGCGUCGCGUCGUACUCAUCCUACGACAGCGAGGAUGAGGAGGGGCCCACGCUGUUCGGCAGCAUCCUCCGGACGAUAAUGGCGGGCUCGGCGGUCGUUGCCAUCGCGAUCCUGGCUAAGAUCGAGCGCGACCAGCGCGACGGCAACGGCUUUCGAUCGCGCGCCGGCUCCGCGUCCGCCUCCUCCCGGCCCAAGCCCCACCGCAUACCCGCCACCCCGCCACACUCGGACCGAUCGCACUCGCAUCCAAAACCGCACAGGUCCCAGGGGCCGCCGCCGCGACCGCUGCCCCCGCCGCCGCUCUCCGCGCACGCGCCCAUCGGCGCCGCGCCCACGACGACGACGAACGGUGCGUUACUGAAAACGGCCGACGCCGUCGCGGACCUGGGCCCCGUGCCGGGAGGGUACGUGGUGAAGGAGGGUGACUGCCUGUAUCGCAUCGCGGUGCAGCACGGGGUGGACCCGGGCGUCGUCGAGCGACUCAACCCCGAACUCGCGGCGAGGGCCAACAACAUCAAGGUCGGCGAGUACGUGCGGUUGCCGUGA